AGGACUGCCUGGAUCCCCGACCCCUUGCUUUGGCACCCGCAGGCCUGCGUCGCUAUGGGUUCCACCGCUACUGCGGAGGGAGCGCUGGGCUACGUCCGCGAGUUCACUCGCCACUCCUCCGACGUGCUCGGCAACCUGAAUGAGCUGCGCCUGCGCGGGAUCCUCACUGACGUCACGCUGCUGGUUGGCGGGCAACCCCUUCGAGCUCACAAGGCAAUUCUUAUCGCCUGCAGUGGCUUCUUCUAUUCAAUUUUCCGGGGCCGUGCAGGAGUGGGAGUGGACGUGCUCUCCCUACCGGGGGGCCCUGAAGCCGGAGGCUUCGCUCCUCUUCUGGACUUCAUGUACACUUCGCGCCUACGCCUCUCUCCGGCCACUGCACCAGCGGUCCUUGCGGCGGCCACCUAUUUGCAGAUGGAACACGUGGUUCAGGCAUGCCACCGCUUCAUCCAGGCCAGCUAUGAACCUCUGGGCAUCUCCCUGCGGCCUGUGGAAGCAGAACCUCCUACGCCCCCAACGGUCCCUCCACCAGGCAGUCCCAGGCGCUCCGAAGGGCACCCAGACCCACCUACUGAGUCUCGCAGCUGCAGUCAAGGCCCCCCCAGUCCAGGCAGCCCAGAUCCCAAGGCCUGCAACUGGAAAAAGUACAAGUUCAUCGUGCUAAACUCUCAAGCCUCCCAAGCAGGGAGCCUGGCGGGGGAGAGGAAUUCUGGUCAACUUUGCCCCCAGGCCAGGCUCCCCAGUGGUGAUGAAGCUUCCAGCAGCAGCAGCAGCAGCAGCGAAGAAGGACCCAUUCCUGGUCCCCAGAGCAGGCUUUCUCCAACUGCUGCCACUGUACAGUUCAAAUGUGGGGCUCCAAUCAAUACCUCCCAUCUCCUCAUACCCCUGGCCCAAGAGACCACUGGAUCACCCUCUGGGCAGGCUCGUCCACUACCACGAAGUGAAUUUUUCAGCUGCCAGAACUGUGAGGCUGUGGCUGGGUGCUCAUCGGGGCUGGACCCCUUGGCUCCUGGGGAUCAGGACAAGCCCUACAAGUGUCACCUCUGCCGGUCUGCCUUCCGCUACAAGGGCAACCUGGCCAGUCACCGCACUGUGCACACAGGGGAAAAGCCCUACCACUGCUCCAUCUGCGGAGCCCGCUUUAACCGGCCGGCUAACCUAAAAACGCACAGCCGCAUCCACUCGGGAGAGAAGCCCUAUAAGUGUGAGACGUGCGGCUCGCGCUUUGUGCAGGUAGCGCAUCUGCGCGCGCACGUGCUGAUCCACACCGGGGAGAAGCCUUAUCCUUGCCCCACCUGCGGGACUCGCUUCCGCCACUUACAGACCCUCAAGAGCCACGUUCGCAUCCACACGGGAGAGAAGCCUUACCACAUGGCGCGUAGGUCCGAGCCCCCCGACGGAGGCUGGGGAUGGAUGGUGGUGCUCUCAGCGUUCUUCCAGUCGGCGCUGGUGUUUGGGGUGCUCCGCUCCUUCGGCGUCUUCUUCGUGGAGUUUGUGGCGGCGUUCGAGGAGCAGGCAGCGCGCGUCUCCUGGAUCGCCUCCAUAGGAAUCGCGGUGCAGCAGUUUGGGAGCCCCGUGGGCAGUGCCCUGAGCACGAAGUUCGGGCCCAGGCCCGUGGUGAUGGCUGGGGGCAUCUUGGCUGCGUUGGGCAUGCUGCUCGCCUCCUUUGCUACCUCCUUGAUCCAUCUCUACCUGAGUAUUGGGCUGCUCUCAGGCUCUGGCUGGGCUUUGACCUUCACUCCCACCCUGGCCUGCCUGUCCCGUUACUUCUCUCGCCGGCGAUCCCUGGCCACGGGGCUAGCGCUGACAGGCGUGGGCCUCUCCUCCUUUGCCUUUGCCCCACUCUUCCAAUGGCUGCUCAGCCACUAUGCCUGGCGGGGAGCCCUUUUGCUGGUGUCUGCCCUCUCCCUCCACCUGGUGGCCUGUGGUGCUCUCCUCCGCCCACUCUUCCUGACUGAGGACCCUGCCGUGGGUGGCCCUGGGGCCCAGCUUGCCUCCCUUCUCCAUCAUGGCCCCUUUCUCCGUUACACUGUUGCCCUCACCUUGAUCAACACUGGCUUCUUCAUUCCCUACGUGCACCUGGUGGCCCAUCUCCAGGACCUGAAUUGGGACCCAUUGCCUGCUGCCUUCCUAGUCUCAGUGGCUGCUAUUUCUGACCUCGUAGGGCGUGUGGCCUCUGGGUGGCUAGGGGAUGCAGUCCCAGGGCCUGUGACACGACUCCUGACACUCUGGACCACUCUGACUGGGGUGUCACUGGCCCUGUUCCCCAUAGCUCAGGCUCCCACAGCCCUGGUGGCUCUGGCUGUGGCCUAUGGCUUCACAUCAGGGGCCCUGACUCCAGUGGCCUUCUCUGUGCUGCCUGAACUGGUGGGGACUGGAAGGAUAUACUGUGGCCUGGGACUGUUGCAGAUGGUAGAGAGCAUCGGAGGGCUGCUGGGAGCUCCUCUGUCAGGCUACCUCCGGGAUGUGACAGGCAACUACACAGCUUCUUUUGUGGUGGCUGGGGCCUUCCUUCUGGCAGGGAGUGGAGUUCUCAUCACUCUGCCCCACUUCUGCUUCUCAGCUCCUACCUUAAAGCCCCAGGAGCUUGUAACAGAGGCAUUGGAUACCAAAGUCCCCCUGCCCAAGGAAGGGCUGGGAGAGGACUGAACUCCAAAAAGGGGCUGUCAGACCCAGAAAGCCAGAGGUUGGCAGCUCCAAGUCUUCUCCUUGGCGCCCACAGAACCACAGUGCCUUAAACAUCUUGAUCUGCCUCCCCCCAGAGCAGGCCUGGGGCUCCUGCAAUGUGUCUGCCAACCCUUGGUAUUUUGUUGAGGAUUCUCAUCUCUUCUUUGCUCCCACAACCUUUUCUGAGGGAUUCAGGAGUUCAGCCUGCUCUACUGAGCUGUGGAUCACCUGUGAAAAUCAAAGGCCAACAGACUUAUCAUGUUUUACACGUGCUCUCUAAUGUUGCCUACUGAGUUUCUUCUCUGAAGACAGAUGUUUGGGAAAGAAGGAUGCUCCUUUGAGAUAAAACUGAGUAAGCAAACUGGAUAAUAAUCAGAACUUCAAAAAGAGCUGGGGCCCAUAUGCUUGGGUUGGCUGAAUGGGUCAUGGCUGGGGAGUAGAGGGGAGGUGUCCAGGAGCUCUGGUGACCCAGAGCAUUUUAACCCUGGACUCUGUUCUCUGGACCACAGUUCCUCUUGCCCACUGACCUCCCUCUUGCCCACUAUCCCCUGUGACUUAGAAAAGACAUUAACAGAAUGGUGGGGGACACAGAGUGGGGGGGAG